AUGGCCCAAUUUGUGACACACAUUCAGCCGACGCUGAUUGAAGCCUCACAAGGGCACGUACCGCAUCAUCAUGGGCAUCAAGUGGGGGUGCCCCAUACGUCCCAUCUGCCUCAUAGUGGGCAUAAUAUGCCAUCACCGCCUACCCAUCAUGGCCAUAGUCACGGGCAUGUGCAUGGGCAUGGGCACCAUCACGCCCAGACCACGCUCGUCCACAGUGCUAGCCGGGAAAUAUCGAAUACCAAGGGAUCGUCCGGCCACAAGGCCCCGACGCAUCUGCCGCUGUCACCGAAGGCGGACGAACAUCACCACCAUCAGCAUCAUCAGCCGCAUCCCCACUAUCAGCAUGUGGAAGGAUACUAUCAGCACGCACCGUUACAUUACCAGCACUACCAGCAGCACCAUCAUGGCCACAGUCACGGACAUCAUCAUUCUGGUUCUGAUGGAAACACAUCGUUCUUGCGUGCUGCAAGAGCAGGCAACCUGGAGAAAGUGUUGGAACACUUAAAGAAUAACAUUGACAUCAAUACUUGCAAUGCGAAUGGCUUGAACGCACUGCAUCUCGCGUCGAAGGAUGGGCAUGUUGCUGUGGUGACGGAACUGUUGGCUCGCGGUGCCACAGUCGAUGCUGCCACGAAGAAGGGCAACACUGCGCUUCAUAUCGCUUCGCUGGCCGGUCAGGAGGACGUGGUGAAGCUGCUGAUCAAGCACAAUGCUUCCGUUAACGUGCAGUCGCAGAAUGGCUUCACGCCGCUGUACAUGGCAGCUCAGGAGAACCAUGACUCGGUCGUGCGGCUGCUGUUGUCGAACGGUGCCAACCAGAGCCUUGCCACCGAGGACGGGUUUACGCCGCUGGCUGUCGCCAUGCAGCAGGGACACGAUAAGGUGGUGGCAGUACUGCUGGAAAGCGACACCAGAGGUAAGGUGCGUUUACCCGCACUGCACAUUGCCGCUAAGAAGGAUGACGUGAAGGCUGCAACAUUGCUGCUAGAGAAUGAUCAUAAUCCUGACGUAACCUCAAAGUCGGGAUUUACUCCCCUGCACAUUGCAUCGCAUUACGGGAACGAGGCCAUGGCGAAUCUGCUCAUCCAGAAGGGAGCGGAUGUGAACUACGCCGCCAAGCAUAAUAUCAGCCCACUGCACGUGGCUGCCAAAUGGGGCAAAACCAACAUGGUGGCGCUGCUGCUCGAGAAAGGCGCCAACAUCGAAAGCAAGACACGAGACGGCCUUACGCCGCUUCACUGUGCUGCACGCUCCGGGCACGAACAGGUGGUAGACAUGCUGCUCGAACGUGGCGCCCCCAUCAGCUCGAAGACGAAGAACGGGCUGGCACCGCUUCACAUGGCCGCACAGGGCGAGCACGUGGACGCUGCCCGCAUUCUGCUCUACCAUCGCGCGCCGGUGGAUGAAGUUACGGUGGACUAUUUAACGGCUCUACACGUAGCGGCUCACUGUGGCCAUGUGCGUGUUGCGAAGCUGCUGCUCGAUCGCAAUGCCGAUGCCAAUGCACGUGCCCUGAACGGGUUCACGCCGUUGCACAUUGCCUGCAAGAAAAAUAGGAUCAAGGUGGUGGAGCUUUUGCUGAAGCACGGUGCCAGCAUUAGCGCCACAACCGAGAGCGGUUUAACGCCGCUGCAUGUGGCUUCGUUCAUGGGAUGCAUGAACAUUGUCAUCUAUCUGCUGCAACACGAUGCCAGCCCCGAUGUACCGACGGUGCGUGGUGAAACUCCAUUGCAUCUUGCGGCCAGAGCCAAUCAGACCGAUAUUAUUCGCAUUUUGCUACGCAACGGGGCGCAAGUCGAUGCACGCGCUAGAGAACAGCAAACACCGCUGCACAUUGCAUCGCGCCUUGGUAACGUCGAUAUCGUGAUGCUGCUCCUACAGCACGGUGCCCAGGUCGAUGCCGUCACCAAGGAUAUGUACACGGCACUGCAUAUUGCUGCCAAAGAGGGCCAGGAUGAGGUUGCUGGCGUUUUGCUGAACAACGGUGCGCAGAUCGAUGCGACCACCAAGAAGGGCUUUACACCAUUGCAUCUGACCGCCAAGUACGGUCACAUGAAGGUAGCAGAGCUGCUGCUGGAGAAGAACGCACCGGUAGACGCACAGGGCAAGAACGGCGUAACGCCAUUGCACGUCGCCAGCCACUACGAUCAUCAGAACGUUGCUAUGCUGCUGCUGGAGAAGGGUGCCAGCCCGCAUGCCACUGCAAAGAACGGUCACACGCCAUUACAUAUUGCGGCGCGUAAGAACCAAAUAGACAUUGCGAACACGCUGCUGAAGUACGAGGCGCAGGCCAACGCGGAAAGUAAGGCUGGCUUUACGCCGUUGCACCUGAGUGCACAGGAAGGACAUACCGAGAUGUCUGGCCUGCUGCUGGAACACAAGGCCAACCCGGACCAUCAAGCCCGGAACGGAUUGACGCCGAUGCAUCUGUGUGCGCAGGAGGAUCGGGUCAGCGUUGCACAGGUGCUGGUAAAGCAUGGUGCCAACAUGCAGGCGGCCACCAAAGCAGGCUAUACGCCCCUGCACGUCGCUUCGCACUUUGGGCAGGCUAACAUGGUACGCUAUCUGAUUGAGCAGAAUGUGGAUGUUAAUACUUCCACUGGCAUCGGCUAUACGCCAUUGCAUCAAGCUUCGCAGCAAGGACACUGCCACAUUGUUAACAUUUUGCUGGAGAAUAACGCUGAUCCAAACGCUAUUACCAAUAAUGGACAAACUUCGCUGAAGAUUGCACAAAAGUUGGGCUACAUUAGUGUGCUCGAUUCGCUGAAGUCGGUGACGGAUUCGAAGGCUACGCCCGAACAACCACCAUCUGAAGAGAAGUACCGUGUCGUCGCACCGGAAGCAAUGCACGAAACCUUCAUGUCGGACUCGGAAGAGGAAGGAGGUGAAGAUACUGUACUAUCUGAUCAACCGUAUCGCUAUUUGACGGUCGAUGAGAUGAAAUCCCUGGGUGAUGAUUCGCUGCCGAUCGACGUGACCCGUGACGAGCGAAUGGACUCUAACAAGAUGGUUCAGAGUACCGAUUCGCAUCAGUUCCCGCCAACGGCGCUGGAAGAUUCGAUUAGUCCGCAGCAUGCGUCGAUGGUACAGUCCGGCAUCUCGGCGACCGACUUUACGGACAACAUCAAUAUUGAGCGCCAUUCACACGUCGGAAAACUCCACUGGAAGAACUUCUUAGUGUCCUUCCUGGUUGAUGCACGCGGCGGAGCCAUGCGAGGCUGUCGCCACAGUGGCGUGCGUAUUAUCGUUCCGGCCCGGUCUGCGGCACAACCAACACGCAUUACCUGUCGUUAUGUGAAGCCUCAGCGGACCAUGCAUCCGCCGCCACUGAUGGAAGGAGAAGCCCUGGCAAGCCGCGUGCUGGAACUCGGUCCCGUCAGUGCAAAGUUUCUGGGACCCGUCAUCAUGGAGGUUCCACACUUUGCAUCACUGCGCGGCAAGGAGCGUGAAAUCGUUAUUCUUCGUUCGGAUAAUGGAGAAACUUGGCGUGAGCACAACAUCGACAUGUCGGAUGAAAUCAUUCAUGAUGUGCUGAACGAAUGUUUCGAACCGGAAGAUCUGGCACAGCUGGACGAGCUGGGAGGUGGACGUAUCUGUCGUUUCGUGACGUACGACUUCCCUCAGUACUUUGCGGUGAUUUCGCGCAUCCGUCAGGAGGUGCACGCCAUCGGACCGGAAGGUGGCAUGGUGUCGAGCACGGUUGUACCGCAGGUUCAGGCCGUCUUCCCGCAGGGUGCACUGACGAAAAAGAUCAAAGUUGGGCUACAGGUAAAUCUGUUCAAACCACGCAAAGGUGUCGCACCGGAUAAGUUGCGAAAGAUAAGCGUCAACCACGUGCCGAAGAAGAAACGUUUCUCGUUGAUCUGGUAA